CUCUGCUCGGCUUACAUCACCUGUAUCUCUUGGUGGGAUUUUUAUGGGUCCCACCUCUUCUCCUCUUGCCCUUUCCUUUUGCUUUCAUCUAAAACUUCCCCUCGUCUCCAUUCUCUCUUUUUUCCUUCCUUCUCUUUAUAACUUCUCAUGUGUUUUUACACAUUUGUAUAAAUAAAAAUUCAACCUCUCUCUCUCUCUCUUUUGUUAUUAUUUUAUUCUGGUAUUUUUCUAUUUCUAUUCCAUUCUAUAAUCAACUUGGAAAAUUUUCAAAAUCUGGAAAGAUAUCUCUUUGGGUCUUGCUUUGUGUGGGUUGUGGAUUUUGUUGGGUUUCAUUUCAAUACAAAAAUAGCUUUUCCUCCUGCUCCUCUCAAACUUGGUUUAAUAAGAGAAAGAAACCAUUCUACUUCUUAUUCAGUAGUGUUUUGGAUCUUCAAUUUGCUGCAAUGUCCAUAGUAGCAGACUCAAAGUUUCAUGUUCUAGCUGUUGAUGACAGCUUAAUAGACAGAAAGCUCAUUGAGAGACUCCUCAAGAUCUCAUCAUAUCGAGUUACUACAGUUGAUUCUGGUAGUAAAGCUCUAGAAUUUCUUGGUUUACAUGAAGAUGAAACACCUUCUGUUUCUCCAAACAAUCAUCAGGAAGUUGAAGUGAAUCUUAUUAUUACAGAUUACUGUAUGCCUGGCAUGACAGGCUAUGAUUUGCUAAAGAAAAUAAAGGAAUCAUCAUCUCUGAGAAACAUACCAGUAGUGAUAAUGUCAUCUGAGAAUGUUCCUUCAAGAAUCACAAGAUGUUUACAGGAAGGAGCAGAGGAGUUCUUCUUGAAGCCAGUACAACUAUCAGAUUUGAAUAGACUUAAGCCUCAUAUGUUGAAAACAAAAUCAAAGACUCAAAAACAAGAAAAUCAAGAUAUUCAAGUAGAAAAAUCAGAUAUUCAAUCACAACUGCAGCAGCAGCAACCACCGCAACAACCACCACUACUACCACCCAACAACAACAAGAGGAAGGCUAUGGAGGAAAGUCUUUCACCGGAUAGAACAAGACCCAGAUACAAUGACAUCACUACUGUUGUCUGAUAAUAUCAUCAGAUCUUCUUUUGUGAUUAUUAUUAUUAUUAUUAUAUAUUAAUAUUUUUUACCGUAAC